GCCUGCUCUUCUGUGCCCAGGCGAGGAGGGCGGCUUCCCUGGGGGACCUGGGAUGGGACCCCCCCUCGACUUGGGUCGCGCGCUGCCCAGCCCCGCGAUGAUCACUCCCAACCACACCGCGAGCAUUCACCUUUGGCAGUUCCUCAAGGAGCUGCUGCUGCAGCCCGAGGCCUACAGCCACUGCAUUCGUUGGAUCGACCGCGAGAAAGCCAUCUUCAAGAUCGAGGACUCGGUGGAGGUGGCUCGACUGUGGGGCAUCAGGAAGAACCGCCCCGCCAUGAACUACGACAAGCUGAGCCGCUCCAUCCGCCAGUACUACAAGAAGGGCAUCAUCCGCAAGACGGAGAUCUCCCAGAGGCUCGUCUACCAGUUCGUGAAGCCCGUGUGAGCGGCGCCGAGACCCCGGGCCGCCAGACACGGGCAAUGCCGACUCUGACCCUCGGGGAUGAUGACUCCAAACACCGGGGACCACCGACUCCAGACAUCAGGGGGCUAUCCAUUUUAAGACAUUUUGGGGCCACCGACUCCUGGCCAAAGUGGGCUCCAACAUUGAGGUGUAGCGGGUCUAUAAACAGACACACAGCCGGUUAGACAGACGGACAGACAGUCAGUCAGACUGUCAGUCAGUCAGACGAGGCAGGCUGCCCUCGCGUUGAAACAAAAGCACUUUUCCUGCUGCAGGGACCCUGCGGAGCCACGUGCUCCUCCGUGUGUCCCCAUCCUCGCCUCACCCUCACUUCUCCCUCACCUCGUCGCGUCCCGCCCCCGCUGCUCGUCACGCUC